AUGCCUUCCCACACACACUCUUCCGUCGCCGAGAGGGCGUUUGCCUCUGGCAACACCACCACCAACACCAACACCACCACCACCACAAGCCUCUCUGUCCCGCUUGCUCCCCGCAAAGCCGGCGACCAUGUUCUUGCCCCCAUUGGGACCGGCAGACCCCUUGCGUCCACUUGCCCAAAGAAAUCUCGGGCCGUCACAGAGCCCACAUCAGUGGAAGAGCUCGUCGAUAAGUUUGCCGCCCUCGACUUGCUUGGUCCCUCGCGGAACCGCCCUGCCCCGCGCAAGAGCUGCCUCAAAAAAUACCAGCCCACUACUCCUCCCAACUUCUACAACACAAGAAACAAAGCCAGCGGGAACUCAAACUCGAGCCCAAACAAGAGGCCGAGCCCGAGCAAGCGGAUGAGCCCAAGGGUGCCCCGCCCUCGCAGCGCCCGCAAGCGUGCCGCCUUCCGGGCUGGCCGGCACAUCGCCACCUGCCUCGAGACGGGAACACCUAUUCCCCCCAUCUCUCCAUUUGGCUCAUCGCGUUCAUACUUCCGCGCCCGCCACACGCUGCGGGUGCUUUGCAUGGAGAAGCGACGUCAAUCCUCCAACGGCUUCUGGAAUGACGAGGACCCUGACUACAUAAACCACUCAUACGCGGAAGCCCUGGCGGCCAGCGGCAACCUCUUCAUCGACGAUUUCAACAGUCCUACCACCCAACAAGAGGGCGCGGGCGGCGGCUACCCCAGCGAACAGGUCAUCGACCUUCGUCUCCAGCUGGCCACCCAAAGAGCCGAGGUUCUGAGCGUGCAGGCCAUCAAGCGCGGCGCCAUAGACUUUGCCCUCUACGUCUGCAAGUUCGGCUCGCGUCGGCACGCAAAGGCCACCCGCCACUUCCAAAAAUACCAGAACAAGGUCCUCCUUGGCAGCUACAAGGGUCCCGAGAAGAUCCAUGCCAUUCCUGGCGGCCCGGGCUACGUCGCCUUGGCUCCUUGGUUCUACGACAUUUCUACUGCCAUGUCGGCAUAUCGCUCAGUCUUCUACUACUGA